GCCCCGCCAAAUAAAUAAUUUAAAUUACAGCCACCCAAAGUUUUCGGUAAUUGAUUAGAGAAACUCUUCUAAUUUUUCAUGGCGACCCCGGGUGGACUGUAAAGUGAAUUAUAGGCAACAACAAUAAGUGACAGUGACACAAGAAAUUGCAGUAUACAUAUGCAAACAUAUUCGUUGCCCGCGUCGUGUGUGUGUGCAAUCGGCAAUCAAUUUGUAAAAUAUCGUCGCGUCGGUCGCGCCAACAAUAAUUUUUGUGCAAAUUCUGCUACCGCCGAGGGAUGCCCUGCGAUAAAGACAGGAAAGUAGCAGUUGGAUUCAAAGAUCCAAAAGAGGAAUCAGAGGUUCGUCGGGCGCCGAGGACAUCCCCAAGUCGUUCAUUGCGACAACGGGACGAACUUCGUCGGAGCGAGCCGCCAUCUCAGCGCUCUGCGGAUCAGGAUCAAGGAGCAAGGAGACGCAAUUCGCGACUUCGCGUCAAAGAACGGAUGCGAAUUUGCGUUCAUACCGCCGCGAGCUCCUCACAUGGGAGGGCUAUGGGAGGCAGGUGUAAAAACUGCCAAGAGCCUACUCCUACGGGCGGUAGGCAACGCGCUCCUAACCGCCGAAGAGCUCGCCACAGUCCUCGUCGGCAUCGAGGCCAUAAUGAACUCGAGGCCGCUGGGAGCCAUCAGCCAAGAUCCAAGCGACGGCGAGGCCCUAACACCCGGGCACCUGCCCGAUGGUCCCGCGAAUAUGUCCUGGGGCUGCAAAUUCGGGGCAAAUGGCACCAGCAGCAACCGAACCUCGAGGAAGGAGACCUCGUCAUCGUGGCCGAGGACAAUCUGCCGCCUCAGGAGUGGCUCGUGGGGAGGGUCAUCGCCACGCACGCAGGAGAGGACGGCAUGGUCAGGGUCGUCGAAAUAAGGACUAGCACUGGAGCGCUUUUUCGGCGGCCCAUACACAAAUUAGCGCCGCUCCCAAUGUGUGGAAGCCGAUGCAGGCGUUCAACGGGGCCGGUGUUGCGUGACCUUCCAUCCAUGGCCACAAUUAUUAGUUAUUGAU